UUUAGCAAUAAAUCUUCGUAGUCCGUUAUAUUUUCAAAUAUAAUUCAGUUUGCCAACAAUAUCUGAAACACACAGGACAGUUUGUAAAUACCUUCUCAGUGUUCUGCGAACAGUCGCUAACUAUAUAUUUAGUCUGUACAUUACCUGUUAUUGUCAGUUAAACAAAAUAUAUCGUCAUGGAGGAUGGGAUAAAAAAUAUUAAUUUCAUAAUGGAAUAUCAUGAAGAGUGCAAGCCUAAAAAUUAUAAUAAUUUUUUCCAUCCAAACGUUUGUCACGUUUGCAAAAAGACAAAUAAUGGCAAUUUAAUACCAUGUAAUAAAUGCCACAUGAUCUUUUACUGUAACGACGAACAUAAACAAGAGCACGAGUUGCAGCACUUGGAGAUUUGCCCAUCUUUAGCACAAUAUUUAAAAGAGAAGGAAGAAUGGGGCACUCAUCGUUUUUCCAUAUCAGAAUGGAUCCAGUCAAGACAAGAAUUUCUUUGCACAGUAAAGUAUUCGAUGCCACGUAAACUAAAGUCAUACGAAGAGCAGAUGAUCAUUUUCGCAAAAUCGUGCAUCUACUGUCAUCUGCAAAUUGAUUUGAUCACUUGCCGAAUAUGCUAUUCCGACAACUAUUGUGUAGAUCAUGUGAAAGAGUUUAAAAGCCAACAUCAGUCAAAAUGCAAGACAUUAAUGUUAUGUCUCAACCAAGAUAUCAGAAAUCUCAAUUUUAAUUCAUUUACAGAAAAAUUCAUUAGUUUUUCUUGGGCAUCACCUAUUCUCGACAUGAAGACAUUCAUUCAACAAUAUGUGCGAUCACCUGAACUAAGAAACAUAGAGCAGUUUAUAAGAGAUGAUUACCUUUAUUCUGAUUACGUUUCAGGACCGCUCACGCUCUAUUAUGGUAUGAAGGAUGCUGGUUUAAUAAAUCCUUCAAUCAUAUCAAAAGCUACAUACGUUGUUCAUAUAAUAACAGAAAACAAUCUUGAUUUAGUAUAUGUAGAAGCAUGGCAUCUUAUGCUGCAUUGUAUACGUUCUAUAAAGAAGCUGAUAAUUAUACUGGUAGGAUCAGAAUUAUUGAACGCAAGUAAGGAUGUCCAAUUUUGCUCUAAGUGCUCACAUCACAAACAAAAGCUUUAUUUCGAAUCUUAUGGCAUGUUAUAUAUGGAAUAUAUGAAUAGCAUACAGUAUAAGGAAGCGGAUGUGGUUAUGGCAAGCCAUGUAGAUUUUAGUAAUCAAGUAAUAUGGCCGGUAGACUUACUAAAAUCACGGAUUAGAAACUAUCCAUGGAUUUUAACCACUAAAUCAGAAAGAAAAUCAAGAGAGAAUAUCUGUUUCAUAGAGAAAAUUUUAGGGUCCGGUGGUAUAUCGUGCGAGGAGAAGCAGAUUAUCUUGGACGAGCACAAUCGAUUGAGGCAACUAGUGGCGCUGGGACAAAUACACGGCCAACCCAGCGCGGCGAACAUGAUGGAGAUGAUAUGGGACGAUGAACUCGCCGCUAUAGCGCAAAGAUGGGCGGAUCGUUGCGCCGAAUCACAUGACAGUCUAAGAAACGUCCGCAGGUUCGCGGUAGGACAGAACAUCGCUCGCACAUGGACGACCAGGCCCCCGGGACCUUACGACGGCGAGCCGAGUUGGCGACGACAAAUUUCUAGUUGGUUCAACGAAGUGCAGUACUACCACACGGGCUACAGCAAAGCCACCGGACAUUAUACACAGCUGGUGUGGGGCGACACCUUCCUGCUGGGAUGCGGAUACUCAUUCUACUACGACCCGGCUCGCGGCUACACCAAGAAUUACGUAUGCAACUACGGGCCGAGCGGCAACGUGCUCGGCUAUCAACCUUACAAAUCGGGCCAGCCAGCGUGCGGCAGUUACGGAAUGUCCUACAGCAACAGAUAUGCCGGACUAUGUUCGCGUGGAAGUUAUUAUCACCUGGGAGCGCUUUGUGUAUACGGCUAGGCACACCGUUACAAGGUGCGAGUAUUCGCGAAGAACAUCGCCGGUUUCGGGACAAGCCGUGCCGGGAGAGCUCCCGGAGCUUGUCCGUCGCUUCUUUCCCGGUGCUGCUGAGGGAUCCUCUUCAUCCGGAGCACACACGCCAAAUCACGAUGUCGCGCAACUGUUGCCCACGCACGCCUCGUAAAUCGAGGGUUGCCGCCGCGGUUGUGUGAAACGCGCGGAGACUUUUGUCAGUUCAUUUAUACAGCCUCGCCAGAGCCAGCUGCGCAAAGUAGUUCUGUCUAGAGAGAGAAAAAGAGGGAAAAGAGAAACGCACGUACGAGAGAGUUCGCGAGACGAUGAUCAGGGAACACGGCGGUCUUCCUUAUCUGUUUGUUCUAGUUCAAUCCGUCUAGUCUACUCAUAGUUGAUAGAAAUUAGCGAUUAAGAGGAAGCGCAACAGUUAUCGAGUUUCGUGCUAAUGCUCCCUCUGUUGUGAGAACGAGGAUAGAUAGAGCGUUCGAGAUUAGUUCAGAUUAUUCUAACAUGUUAAACGUAAUGAUAUCGACAAUGUAUCGACAACCACUGUAGACAUUCUGUAUAAAAACAAAUACACUGAGCUUCAAUAAAGCCUUAACAUUCAUUAGA